AAACCAAGAAAUAAAAAAGGGGAAAAAAUUAAAAAGACGAAAGGGCCGAAGAUUUGCAAUUCUCCAAUUUGCUGCGACAAAAUUCAAUCUUCUUCUUCUUCUUCUUCUUAUUUGCUCUCUCUUCUUAUCUCCUUCAUCGCAAUCCAAUUCUUCAAGAACAAGAACAAGAAGAUGCGGCGGUCUGCUACAAGGAAAACCGGUCAACCCAAUUCAACUUCCGUUAAUUCUUCCGCAGUCGAUCUCUUUCGCUCCGCCUCAAGUAGAGCAAGCUCAAAAGAGUUGGAACGGAUCGAUAGCCUAUUUUACUCGUAUGCCAAUCCCUCUUCUGGUUUGAUCGAUCCAGAAGGAAUUGAAAAUCUUUGUUCAGACAUUGAAGUGGACCACACUGAUGUAAGGAUCUUGAUGCUUGCUUGGAAAAUGAAAUCUGAAAAACAAGGAUACUUUAACCUGGAUGAAUGGCGAACAGGUCUCAAAUCCCUGAGGGCUGACACUGUUAGUAAAUUAAAGAAGGCACUACCAGAUCUCGAGAAAGAGGUAAGGAGGCCAUCAAACUUUGUGGACUUCUAUUCUUAUGCAUUCCGGUAUUGUUUAACAGAGGAGAAGCAAAAGAGUAUUGACAUAGAAAGUAUAUGCGAGUUACUGGAUCUUGUUUUGGGGUCUCAGUUUCAUUCCCAAGUCAAUGCAUUUGUUGAUUACUUGAAGAUUCAAACUGACUAUAAAGUUAUUAACAUGGAUCAAUGGAUGGGCUUCUUUCGUUUCUGCAAUGAGAUAAGUUAUCCAGACUUGAUCAAUUACGAUUCGGAACUCGCUUGGCCGUUGAUCCUCGACAAUUUUGUUGAAUGGUUACAAGCAAAGCAGAAUUAGAAACCUGAUACAAUGUAUUUUGAUGUAUACGCCACGGUUGUUGAAGCUCACCUUCGAUUACACGUUUGGAUAGCAGCAGGAUUUUCACUCAUUAUUUCUUCUUAUUUUACUCUUCUUUUUUCUUUUUUUAAAAAAAAGAAAAUUAACUUCUUCGAAAUCAAUGGUCAUUCCCAUUAUUAUGUUCAAAUUAUCAUUUCAAACAUUCAUGGAUUAUUCUUCUGCUAAAUUAUUGAAGUUUCUGCCUCUGCUUUUCGUGGCCA